GACGCGGCGUGGUGGGGAGAGGAGGCGCCGCCGAGGGGGAAGGCGGGCGCGGAUGCGGCAGCGGCGGCGGUCCGGUGGUUGAUCCCCGAGAAUUUUGUUGAUUGUUUGGAUUGUGUUGGGAAUUUUUUUUUGAGAGCGACGCGUCCUCUUCGAAUUUGUUUGUUCCAGAUUGUUACUACAAAAUGGUUUGCAUGUCUGGACAUUUUAAAAUGGCUUCUGUGCUGAAGCUUGUUAUGAUGGAAAAUCAUGCAGCACCAGAUGACCUGACCGGUGAUAAGGGUGCUGCACAGAUCCUACACAAACAACUUAUUGAUGCACAUGAACCAAAUUUACUUGACGAAGAUGAUAUGCAUAUAUUUGGAUCAAAACCUAUGGCUGAUCCGUUGGACCUGGUCUGUUGUAAUACUUGCAAGAAGCCAAUAAAGGCCAGCCAAUAUGCAGCUCAUGCAGAGCGAUGUAGUUCAGGGAAGGUAAACCCAAAUGAUUCAAUGGGAACGGGUAUAAAUGAUGAUUGUACUACCAAGAAGCCCCCAAAGAAGGGGAGAAAAAUAAAGCUGACAACUAAUGGAAAUCAAAAAGUACAUAUAAAAGUGAAAACAAAGUCUCAAUCUGAAAACAAGAACAUCGCCAAUGGUUUUGAGUUGGACAAUGUACAUGCCAGCAAAGUUCAACCUAUAUGUUCCACUACUGAUCAAAGGUUGAAAACAUCUGCCAACAAUGCAGCUAUCACCAGUGUACCUGGAGGUCACCGUAGAGAUGCCCCAGUUCCUCUUGCAACAAAAGUGUACCACUCACAGGGAAACUACCGGCUGCGAUUGGAACUCGGUCAGAUUUACCGCCAAUCAUGUCCAGAGCAUUCAGGCAGCUAUUCAAUUCAGAACUCAUCACAGGAGAAUGGCGUGAUGGCUUCAUAUUUAUCACCAAGAGAUAAUUCAUCGUUAAAUAUUGCUCAGAAGAGCUUUAUUCCUCAAACAAAGUCUAUGGACCAGCUUCUUGCGAGCACACCAGAAUCAUGCCCAGUAGUCCCUCAGCAAGUAGCAGCAAGUGUGCCAAACCGACCACAGGCAAUGAGUUCUCAGAAAGCAGAUUUUCACAUAUCUGCUGUUAAAAACGAAAUAGCAAGAAGCAGAUGCAGCAAAGAUGUUGUUCAACAUUCAAAAAACACAGGUAAUAAGAAGGCGCAUCAGCAAAGAAACGGAACAGUACCUGUGAUUAAGUCCUCAGUAGACUAGCCCAUUGAGUGAUAGCUUAUUGAUGUAGCGGCUUCAUCUGUGAACAGUCUUUCCUUUUUGCUCUUUUCAAAUGGAAAUCUGGUUCUCGGAAUGAUCUUGGACUGGACAAUCUGAAUACAAGAUCAUUUUGGUUCGUUAACUCUUGCAACAUGCUAACAACUUUUUACUCCAUCUCUGAUGAUGGAAUUACCUGUAAAUAUCGUGGCUGCAAAGUCCUUUCUUUUCUGCUCACCAUGUUAUAAAUGACAGGACGAUGAACAUUUUCAAUAUAGCAUUUAUCAUUUCAUAGCAA